AGGAGGCUGCUGGCGGUCCAAAAUGGAGACUUCUGACUCCUGAGGAGUACGCAGCUGUGAACGGUUAUAAAGCUGAAGAUCAUCACAGCUGCAUCGAUCUGCUGAGCUCUCUGGAUGCUCUGGUGAAUUUUUAUCCAGAUGAGGGCCCUGCAGAAACUGAUGAUAGGAGGGCUUUUGUGGACCUCAUGAAAGGUCUGCUGCACCUUGAUGGGUCCCAAAGAUUCACGCCCCAUCAAGCUCUGCAGCAUCAAUUUAUCAAAAUGGCCCACCUGACCCAGCACCCAGACUACCGGAAUUACUCACAAGUCAUGAUGAGUAUCUGCCAACAUCCUGGGUCAUGUGGCGCAGACAGGACACCCUUCUCCACUGAGGAUGGUCCCACAACUGGGUCCCCCAACAGGGCAGCAGCCACUGACCCCCGCCAUGAUUCAGACUCCUGGCAUUCGGGUGGAGAUCCACCUCCUCUCUGGGCUGCAGAAGGCUCCAGUGACGGGGACACAGAGUCCCAGCUUUCAGAAGGAGAAACACCCUGUCCCCUCUACUGGGACUAUGAGGAUUCCUGGCCCUCUGAUGGAGAAAAACCCUCCUCUCACAGGGACACGGAGUCCCAGCUUUCAGAGGGAGAAAUAACAUGUCACCUCUCCUGGGACUAUGAAGACCCCUGGUCCUCUAACUGGGCUCAAUUUAAAGAGUCACAGGCAGAAAAACCAGAGCCCAGCUCACCUGAAGAGGAGCCACCUCUCUGCUCUGACAGCGAGAAACCAGAAGAUGAAGCUGCACUAGCUGACCCCCCUGCCGAGACCACAGCUCCUUCUGGUGGCAAAAAGAAGAGGCCAAAGUGGUUCUCCCGAGUCUUCAGGAGAAUCGCAGCUUUUGUUGACCGUGCCAGAACGAGGAUUCGAUCCUUGUAGGGUGUCAUUGAACUCUGUAAAUAUAGCAAAUAAAAAUGAAAGCAUUACAAUA